AUGUGGAAGAUAAUAUUAACAGCAGUAACUUUACUACAUCCAUUCGUCAUCAUCACCGUCACGUCCCAGCUAUCCGAGAAACAGAUAGAGGCUUAUAAAAAAUACGCCAAAGAACACAACAUCGACAUCAGUCAGUACGAAAACGUAGACAUAAGUAAACUUAACCUUCCGCCAAUUAAUGUGGAAGAUGACCCGCCAAAAAAAGAGAUGGUCUCACCCAAAGUUGCGGUAGAAGAAGAUGAAUCGUCACUCGUCAACAGCGAUGAUUGUAAGCUCUUUCUCGAGUCAAAUUCAGAUUCUAUAGUUGAGGAUAUGUUGAAGAUGGAUUACGUACACGUGAUUAAGUAUAAUUUAUUCUUCCCGGAAUAUGACGCAGCCAACAGGAGCAACCCGCUGUUGAACGUCACAUCGCCAAAAAUUUACAAACUAAAUUCUUGGUACCACGCAUUCACAAGUCAGGGAAGUUAUUUGUUGUCUUUGUCGUUUAACUAUGAUGUCAUGUCGUUGACGAUGCUGCCGUCGGGCGUCAAGGAGAUGAAGGUUGGAGUGACGGAAUCCUUUCAAUUUUGUUUCGCAAAACUCAACACAGGCCAAAAAGUGAGCGCUAUUUUUCAGAUGUUAGAUGACGUCAUGCCUAAAAAUAAACCUGGUGGUUUUCCGGAUAAGUUAUGCUACCAGAAAGUGGAGGUUGAAAAUUCAAGAGGUAAAUUUGUGAUGUCGUGUUGCGAUAACGUACAAACAAGUUGUCUACUGCAAGAAACAAGUUAUAUGAAGUUUCUACACAUCGCUAAUUGCGUUUUGAAACUUAUUUUCUUUUUGAUGUGUCCGCUGGUUAUUCAGAAAUUAUUCUACAACAAAUCUGUCGGAAAAUUUAGUUACGUCGUGCCAAUCAACAGACCCGGUCUCAAAAAAACGAUGUUAAUCAAAAGAGUUCACUCAGAUUACGAGUCCGUUUUAAGACCGACAAAAUAUUCUUCGUCAAAUAAACCGAUUCAACAGUUCAGUAAUUUCAGACGACUCGUUAAACCGAUACCGUCUGAAGAAAUAGUGGCUGUCAGUUUCUGCAGAUUGGAUUUAACUGUGAAUCAUAGCGAAUUAAUUUCAAAACAAGAGUCCCCCGUGCAGUUUCUUCAAUAUUUUUAUUCCAUGUUUUUCAGAUGUGAAUGCGGUAAAACGGAUCCAUUUAAAACAUGCUGUGGCGAAAGUUUGGUUGGAAGUUGGUCUCCAAAUUUUCUUUGGUGUCAUCUGCAGAAAAAGUGCAACAUGAAUAAUUCCUGCAGAGAAUGCUGCCCGUGGUAUACAAUUUUUAAAUGCUUCACGACUCUCUUGCUUAUUGCAUUGUUACCUCUGCCGUUUUACAUCAGGGUCAUCAUGUUUUAUCUUUUUGAGAAGAGUGAGCUAGACACAAGACAUGAGUUUUUGGAUAAAUUAAAUCUAGAUAUGGAUGUCGGUCAGAUUUUAUUUCAAGGCAUUUCCAGGCACGCUUGCUACUUUGGAUUGUUUUUAUGUUACGGCAUAUCUUUUGGUUUAUUUGUCAUAUUAAAAGCUCUAUUCCCGGAUCAGAUAAAAUCUAUCGUUUCUCAGUGCGUCAACGAUUUCAAAAAUUUGAACAGAUUCGAAUGCAUGCGCAUGAUAUUGGCACAUUUAGUUUUACCGUUCGAAAAAUUUGGCGUUUUUGGUCUUCUGAUAGGCAUGUUUUAUUGGCCGAUAGUUAUGCCUAUUGUUCUCAUACUGUCGAUGAUUUACUGCGUUCCUAUAUUGUAUAUAAUCGGCCGUUUGAUAAUAAAAGAAAGACCAAGCUGCCUAGGUGGUUCAUCUUCGAACAAUUUUAGAUCUCAGAACGAACAUUCCAUCUCUCGCGAAGUUUCUUCGCUGUCAACAUGCUUCUUUCUCGACCAAAUCAGCCCUAAAGAUGAUAGUUUGAAGUAUAAUAUCAUUCCUGACAAAUCGCUACAAAAAUCUAGAUUCCUGUUCUGCUGCUACUUUAACAAAGCCUUCAUACUUUCUCUUGUUAAAAGCAUCAUUAUCGGUCUUAUUUCUAUUACCAUUGUGCUUUCAUUGAGCGUUAUGUAUGCAGAAGCGUUUGGUUUCUUGAUAGAAAUGGCAUUCUUAUCGUUGUUAGGUGCCUUCCUCAAUACGAAGAUAAAUGUUUUUUACUUGAUAUUUGCUUCUUUCUGUCUAUUGCAUUUGAUUAUAUUCUUUUUUCACAUCAAGAGGAAAUAUUCAAAAUUCAGUUAUCAACUUUUUGAAACGUUGCAGUUAAAAUUGCGCCAAGAAAUAUUCAACAAAUUGACGAGAUGUAAGGAUGCUAAGGAAUGGACUGCGUUUAAAUUUUUUCAACACGACGAAAUUCUGGAUAGAAGCAUCUUUCAGAAUAUGAACGAACUCGCAUUCAGCGAUGGGAACGCAUUCGGAAACUAUAAAUCUCCCUACAGGGAUGUGCUUAACAAGCCGGAAGUUGUCAUCCUGGAUAAAUCCGUCGACGAUUCUGAUAACAUAGAAUACAUAAACGGCAAAUUACAUUGGACGAUCAAUUCUUUAGUCCUAUUCAUCGACGGAAAUGACGUAAUGCGUAUACCGAGGGAUCUUUUUUGGAGGGCCUGCCAUUUGCAGACACCGUACAGUCCCGGCCCCCUCUGGAAGACAUUGGUCAUCUCUUCAGCCAAGCUCAUUCUGUCAUGUUUGUAUCUAACAUUGCUGCUGAUGGUCAUUCUUUUCUAUGAAGAUGUGACGGGAGAUGACAGCAAGAAAUACGAAGACUACAGAGGCACCGCCAUAUUUUCUGCAGGAAUGCAAGUCAUGUUCAUAUUUAUAUGUGGCUUGUUACCAAGUAUAAUCUACGUAUUUUAUCAAUGCUGCAACAGUGGCAAUAAUAAUAAAUAUGAUAACAUUCUUGGAGAACGUUUGUUCUGGGAAAUAAAAAGUUACAGAAAAUCGUGGGCGGUAUCGGAUUUAGUUUUUGAAAACCCCGAAUCGCCGAGAAGAAGAACACAAGAUUCGAGACUUAGAUUCGCCGGAAAUAGCGAAAUUUUACGAACCGACGAAUUCGAACGAACGGUAAUCGGUUCCGAUCAGAUGAUGCCCUUAAAAGUUGACCUCCUGAUAACACUGAAGGACGAACCGCACAGAGGCGAUCCAUCCAGGGCUUCAAUGAUAAGUAACGGUUCAGUUCAGUCACUGACCUCGGUAAACAGGAAUAGUCCUGAAGAGAAAAGACACAUUUACAAAAACAGCAGUCUGACAAACGUAACCACACUAACAAACGCAGAGCUGAACAAUCAAAUUCACAAACCUCUGCUGUUCACUGCUCCCGAGAGAACGAUGGAAGAUGCAGCCAACGACUGCCCCAUCGAGUUAAAUGAAAUGAAAAACGUCAACCUGGAAGAGGUCGAAGUUACGAACAUUUAA